AAUCAUUCGGAUAAUAUCGGUAAAGAAAUAUAACAAGUUUUCGAGAACCUAGAAAAAUGGUAACAUAAAUUUUCGGAUUGUUCUUUCAUUUCGGCUUCAAAAAUUCAUUGUAAUAGGAAGAAAUUAGCGGCUAGAUGAUAGGGAAACACGUGUAUUUUUUCUAAUUUCCAAGGAUUAUUUGAGGUGUGAUUAAAGCGUUAAACCAUGACAAUAUAACAAUACAAGAAGUGUUUCUUGAUUCCAGCCAAAUUAUGAUUUGUGUAUAUAAUAACCUGUCAACUAUCGAACGUCUAUUCUUGAAGAAGUACUCGACAGGCUGAAACAAUAAAAAGUUGUGCUUGCAAUAUUGAAGGGCAAGGCAGAGUAAAGUGCAAAGUAGUGUCGUGGUUACGUAGAUCCAACGUUUAUAAAAAGAGAAUCGACUUUUAUUCUCACUUUUAUUUAAAUCCUCCUCCAGUUACUAGUUAUUACUGCGAUAUCGUGAUUAUUCAGAGUGAGUGUGAAAGUGGGCAGAGUUUUGUUUUGACCUUUAGAAGAAAGUGAUUUUAUAUCUUUUUUUUUUAAUAUGGAUGUGCAACAAUUCAGGGAGUUUGGUAAAGCUGCAGUGGAUUAUAUUGCCGACUACAUUGAAACUAUAAGAGAUAGGCCUGUCGUACCAACAGUGAAACCAGGAUACCUUGGGGAACUCUUACCAAAAGAAGCUCCACAAACAGGUGAAACGUGGCAGGAUGUUCUUCAAGAUGUCGACAGGCUUAUCAUGCCCGGAAUCACUCAUUGGCACUCACCCCGAUUUCACGCGUACUACCCUACUGCAAAUUCAUUUCCUGCAGUUGUCGGGGAAAUGUUAAGUGCAGGAUUUGGAUGUGUAGGAUUAAGCUGGAUUUCAAGUCCGGCGUAUACUGAACUUGAAGUGGUAAUGAUGAACUGGCUUGGAAAGCUUCUGGAUCUUCCAGAAGAGUUUCUUAAUUGCUCAGAUGGACCUGGAGGAGGAAUAAUUCAGGGUUCUGCCAGCGAAGUAACCUUUAUUGGACUGCUCGCCGCAAAAGAAAAAAAAGUUAAAGACCUGAUGGAACUAAAUCCAGAAUUGAAAGAAGCUGACAUCAAAGGAAAACUUGUAGCCUACUCCUCUGAUCAAUCAAACUCGUCCGUAGAGAAAGCUGGACUACUAGGUUCGAUGCCCAUGAAACUACUGCCAGCUAACGAUAAAGGACAGCUAACCGCCGCUACUUUACAAGAAGCCAUACGGGAAGACAAAGAGCGAGGAUUAAUCCCUUGUUACGUAGUUGCUUGUUUAGGUACCACACCAACAUGCGCUUUCGACGAUUUAGCAGAACUUGGACCCAUAUGCAAUAGAGAAGGAAUUUGGCUGCAUGUAGACGCAGCGUAUGCUGGCACUGCCUUUGCUUGCCCAGAAUACCGCCAUCUCAUGAAAGGUGUCGAACUUUCCGAUUCAUUUAACUUCAAUCCUCACAAAUGGAUGUUGGUCAACUUUGACUGCUCAGCUAUGUGGGUAAAAAACGCCAAAUAUCUAGUCGAGGCUUUCAACGUACAAAGAAUUUACCUGAAAGACAAUCACAAUGGUCUUGCUCCUGAAUACCGUCAUUGGCAAAUAUCCUUGGGCAGAAGAUUCAGAGCGCUCAAACUUUGGUUUGUACUAAAAAUUUAUGGCGUAGAAGGUAUUCAAAAACAUGUAAGAGACCAAAUAAGUUUAGCUAAACAGUUUGAGGAUUUGGUUAACCAGGAUUCAAGAUUUGAAGUUUGUACCUCCAGUAUGGGUUUGGUUACCUUCAGAAUGAAAGGAGACAACGCUCUAACGCGCGCCUUACUUGAAAAGCUUGACCAAAGAAAGAAUAUUUUCCUCAUGGCAGGCCAUUUCUGUAAUAAGUUUGUUAUUAGAUUUGCUAUUUGCAGCAGAUUGACUAACAGCAAAGAUGUUGAAUUUUCUUGGGAAGAAAUACAUUCUCAAGCAAAUGAAAUUAUACCGUUACCGAAAUGCCGCAUUGAAGGAGAAAUGAAAGAAAAGAGAAGCAUUGCUACCAUUGAGUUUACAGAUUCAGCUAGUGAGAAGAGUAGAUGCGAAAAAUCUAAAUAACAUAUUCUAUCUAUUUGAUUUAAAUUUACAUCGUAGAAAUAUAAAUAAAUUUAUUUAUUCUUAAGAAAUUUUAGUUCGGUAAUUAUAAUAAAAAUGUGAUAAACUUUGGAUUUGUUUUAAUAAAAAUUAUUUAUAUAAAU